GAAUGAGCUGAGAGACUGUUACCUGCCCAUUUCUGCAUGGCUGAGCAGAUUCACGCGUAAAUCCAAGUUUCUUUUCAUUUCCAUCACUAUGCGUCUCCAAAUUACAGAGAAUUCAUCCCUGAGCUGGAGAGGUGCCAGAAGUUUCUCAUCUAGCUGUCUGUGGGCUGCUUUUUUCUUUCCCCUCUUUGAGGCUUUCUGAUGCCUACAGUGAGCUCAACUCAAAAGGUUUCCAGCCUCACACUCGCCUCAUAUUCCCCCACAGACUCAGCGAGCUCUGUGAUUCUGAGGAAUACCGUGUGCCAGCAUCUGACUCACAGCCUGCUUUUACCUGCAGGUGUUCCAGAAACUUCAAAAUGCGUCUGGAAGAAAUGAAAAGAUUGCAGAAUCCUUUAGAACAAGUGAAUGAUGGAAAAUAUUUACUUGAAAAUCACCAGUUGGCCAUGGAUAUGGAGAAUAAUAUUGAAAAAUAUCACCUCAAUCUACAGCCCUUGGAAUCAAAAGUGAAAAUCAUUCAGCGAGCCUGGCGCGAGUACCUGCAGCGGCAGGACCCUCUGGAGAAGAGGUGCCCGUCCCCGCCCUCGGUGUCCUCGGACAAGCUGAGCAGCUCCGUCAGCAUGAACACCUUCUCCGACAGCAGCACGCCCGUGAGUGCCAUUUUCCUUUUCAUGGUCUGA